AUGACAGAACAAUAUGACACCCCAAGCCAACUUCCCCCAUCAUUGUCUGUGGCGUCUUUGGGCGACAGUCGACCGGCGGGUCUCAACAGUGUUUCCCCAAUGCUCUUCGUAGCCACAACCACAACAACAAUGGGAAGUGUGGGAGAAGGUACACAGACUGUACAGAGAACAGCACUGCUGCCAUCGUUGUUAACAUCACCACUCUCGCCCAUGUCGCCAAUUGUUGCGGGCACCAGUGGUGGAUACAGAUGUGUUCACAAUAUCAAUGGUCUGCAUCCAAACCAUCAUAAUAGUAGUAAUAGUAAUAAUAGUAACAACAACAAUAAUACACAGGGAAUGAUAUCAGAAACUGUUAUGCCUACUGUUUUGUUGGAGAAUCUAAUGAAAGUGAGUGGGUCUUCAUUUACGGCUAUGAAUCCCUCUUUAAAUCCAAGUAAUAAUAGUGGUAGUCCUGCUGGAAUACAGGGUAAAAAUAUUCUACAUGUGGAUAGUAGUUCUAGUGAUGAAUUCAAGUAUCAAGUACAGCUCUCAACACCCCCUUCUUUUGUGCUUACUACAUCUUUUCCUGUUACUCCUGCUACUGCUGCUGCUGUUCUUUCACCCACGCAAGGAACACACAUUCGAGGUGUGGCAGCGAAGGAAGUUGGUUGUGUUGUGUUGGGAGCAGAUCAAGAAAUGAACUGCGCCAUUUGUUUUUCAUUCCAAGAUGAUGAUGAUGAAGAUAAUGUUAAUUGUGAUGAUAGUAGUAGUAGUUGUUGUUGUUGUGAUGAUGAUGGUGAUGUGAAUACGGUGCGUUGUACACUAUCCUUAUCAUCCAAGGGGGGGAAUCAACCGCAAAAGAAUAGUGAGACCACAUCUUUACAUACAAGUAGUAGUGUCUGUGCAGGAACAACAACAACAACUAAUAAUAAUACUAAUACUACUACUAAUACUACUAAUACUGCGGGAGGUGUUCGAUUGACUUGCGGUCAUUCAUUUCACGCGGAUUGUUUGCAGCGAUGGCUGCUGCGUAGUAAUAUCUGUCCAAUGUGCCGGCGUGAAGUGGCCUCCUCCUCCGCAAAGUAG